AUGGAUGCCCCCUCCGCCCCCAGCCGGACGGAGCUAGGCAAAGCCAGGGACGCCAUCGCAGCCUUCCUUAUUGAAAAGGACAUUCCGGCCCAGAUCGCAGAUGGCGACACGCAAGCCAAGAGGGAUAUCGACGUCGAGCUCGUUUUCCCGGACAUGUGUUUCCGGCCGUCGACACUUUCCAUCCCGUCUACGCAUCCCGCGGCUGCGGCGUACGAGACUGUCCGCAAAGAGAUUAUGGAGUUGAUUGACCAGACACUACAAGAUAAAUGGUGCGGUUUAUCGCUUCAUCUACUUGGCCUUGUGAAAGAAAGAAGUGACCCUACUGUUGUGGUUUAUCUGUUGCCGUACACCGUUGCAGACUGGGGUGGUCUUGCCGCGCUGAUCCAGGGUCUUCUUCCGCCGGGGGAGAGUAUCAAUGUUGAGUUCCUUCCUGGGAGCUUUGCGUUUACACUUGAUGGUAGGUAG